GUCUGUAAUUUCUUCACCGGAUCGAGCUCAGAGACGACGAAGAGAUAAUUUUGUUGGAUCGAGAAAGGGAGGUAGAAGAGGAUUGAUUAUCAAUGGUGGAAGAUCUGGUUCUUGACACGGCGAUAAGAGACUGGGUUUUGAUACCUCUCUCCGUCGUGAUGGUUCUAAUUCUAAUUCUCCGUUACUUUGUUUCUAAGCUCAUGCGAUCUUCUCCGACUACAGAUGCGAAGAAGGUCAAAGAAGGACAAGUUGUGAUUAGGGCUAGGAAUCUUAAGGCCGGUGCUACUUUUAUGCCUCCUAAAUCAUUCCGAGCUCGGAGAUUUUACUUCAGCACUGAGGUAUGGUUUCUGUGAUUUUGUUUGUGUUUCUCAGUUUCUUAUUAGGGAAAGUUUGUAACUUUCGAGAUUUCCUACCACGUGAUCUUGUGUGAGUGGGUGAUUAUGACAAUUUGACAAUUAUGACAAUUAGAGCUUCAUGAGCUAAUAGUUUAUCUGAUUUGUUCUUAAUGAAAUCUUGUUUAGUUCCUUGAGAUAA